CGAACCAAGUUACACUGCUGGAGAAUGAAGGUUUAGGUUGUUAUGUGAACCCAGUCCUUGUGCUUUGUUAACCUAGGUUUAGCAUAACGUGUGACCCCCGUCUUCUCUUAGUGAUGCCCCUCCCCCAUUGGCUGAGAUUUCUUCUGGAAGUUGUGCUUACUCACAUUAUAAUUCAGGGAAUGGUUCCUUUCCAUAGAAACCUUCAUCAGUGUGGUACAAAAGGUUGGAGAAAACUAAUAUGGACUUCUGUGUAUGAAGAUGCUGUAUACUCUAAUUGGCAUUUAACCUCCAAAGUAAUAUUUGAGAACCUUUUCACUGGAGAUUGAAAUUUAGCUUGAGUUAUGAAUUUGCCCUAGGGUUUACUGCGUAUCCAUUGGCCAUGGUUGUCAGGUUUCAUCUUAUAGCACUUUGAGAUAUGUGCAAGAGGGGAAGGAGUGCAAGGCUUAAUCUGUUUUCUGGCCACUAAGGUAAAGCUGCCUUGUUUAAAAAAAGAAACUGUUUCGGGUGGUUGGCUCUUGCUAUAUGAAUGAUAAAAGAUGAGCUUCUGUGUUUUCAGUCCUAGUGGUUGGGGCCAAAGCUGAAUGACCAUUUGUAUCAGAAUGACCAAAAUGAAGAAGAAGGAAUCCACAUCCCCAUCAGGCAACUCUACAACUAAACCCGAAAACCUUAAGAACCAACACAGAAAGGAAAAGAAGAAAAGGAUAUUUUGGAAAAAGAAGAUCAACCAAGUAGAGAAGAAAGUGCACAAGGAUUCCAAAGCAGUAGUAGAAUUGCCUCCAAAAACUCCCCAGGAAGUUUCAUCAAACUGGAAAGUCCUACAGAAGCUUCUGCAACAAAAGGCUGCCAAUUUGAAUUCUGCUUUGACUGCACCUGACACAUAUUCCAAGAAAAAGCACACUAUCAAAGAUGGAAAAACUGUUCCUCAAACAUCAGUACCAAAUGGAACUGGGAAGAAAUUGACAUCUCAGCUUCAGGCUCAAGGUUCUGGUUGUGCAGGUGACAUCAGAUCUGAAAAAUCCACGCAAGCGAAGAAUUCACAGCAGGCCCAAGAGGCUGGAAAAGAGCAGAGAAGUAGCCAGAUGGACAACAGAGAGAAGAAGCAAGGGGACAUUAAGCAUAAAAGAAGGAAACUGGAUGAGCAAGUGGCAACAGCGCCAAUAGACAUCUGGUUUGAUGACGUCGACCCAGAUGAUAUUGAGGCAGCCUUGGGACCAGAAGCUGCAAAAGUGGCCCGAGAAAAUCUGGGCAUCAAGAACCAGAGAGGCCAGCAGCUGGCUGAACCUGCGCUGGUGAAAGAGAAUGCUUUUGAAGGUCUGACCAGAGCAGUGGCCAUAGAUUGUGAGAUGGUGGGUGUAGGGCCUGCUGGCGAAGAUAGCAUCCUGGCCCGUGUCUCGGUUGUGAACCUAUUUGGCAAAUGUGUUUACGACAAGUACGUCAAGCCCACAGAAAAAGUGACAGACUACAGAACCUCAGUUAGUGGGAUUCGGCCUGAGCACUUAAAAACAGGGGAAGAUUUUAAAACUGUCCAGAAAGAAGUAGCUGAUGUCAUAAAGGGAAGGAUCUUAGUUGGACAUGCUCUUCACAACGACCUAAAGAUUCUACUUCUUGACCAUCCAAAAAAGAAAAUCCGGGACACACAAAGAUACAAACCUUUCAAACAGCAGGUCAAGAGCGGAAGACCAUCCCUGAAACUGCUGUGUGAGAAAGUGCUGAAUGUAAAGGUGCAGACAUCGGAACACAGUUCGGUUCAGGAUGCCCGGGCUGCUAUGCGACUGUACACCAUGGUGAAAAAACAGUGGGAAGCAUCACUCAAAGAAAUCCCCAAGGCAAAGAAAGAAUAAAUCUGGGCCUUUCUGGUCCUCCUGUGUUUGCUGCCCUCUGCAGCACUGGCUGAUCAAAAGCUUUGCCAGAUCAGCUCUGCAGCCUUUCCUUUUGCCCUGAAUUGAGCAUCGCGCAGAAAUUAACUGGGGGUUUAGUUACUCGAUCAGAAGGUGGUGCGAGGGGCAGUUUUUGGAUUUCUUGUGCGGUCGGUCAUACAUUUGGGAUACAGCUGAACCUAUUUUGUUUAGAUUGAGUUGCUGGUCUGGGAUGGCUAUUGGGUGUUUUGUUCAAGAAGAAUGCAAACCCAAGGAAUCGACUGCAUGUCCCUGGCCCGACACCUCAAACUCUAAAUCCAUUCCAGAAUAAUUUGCAAAGAUGGCAGCAGGAUUCCUCUUUUUGAAUACGGCACCGUGCCUAUUAGAUUGUCCGUUUGCCUCUUGAACUCGAUUUCUCUUUUCAAAAUAAGCGUAAGAGCUUAUCAGCUACGCACGUCCUGCUGAGAGGUGAGGAGCUGCUGUAUUUUGAUGAUCUUAGGAAAAGAAAAUCUGGAGUCUGAUCUUUAAACAGGAAAACCUCUUCUGCCAUCUAUGUAAAUUUGCUUCUGCAGGAAUUGAUACAAUUGGAGUUUCGGCAACAACGGUUCAUCUUUACUGGGGCCACUUCACUUCUAGACACCGGUAGUUGGCCAUGAUUCCUUUUGGGUCACUUGAACUUUACUGCCCAAGUUACGCCUUGGGCGCAAUUUAACUGAAAUAGCAGCCACCCUUUCUCCUUACGUGUCCUACACUAUGCAAAGAAUUUCGGAACUGAGUUGACUUUGAAAAAUGGACGUAACGUAGCACCAGCAUAGCAAAGCAAAGCACCCCUUUAUGUACACACAGGGACACUCUUCUCCAGCUACUUAGGCCCAAGCAGAUCAAAAAGUCUUCUAACGGGUUCAUCCUUUCUUCUUUGCUGUACUUCAUGCUAUGAUCAUUGCAAUUUCCUAUUUAAAAGACUGCAUCACUGCAUGUAGUUUCCUAUUUAUUAACUAUGUAACCUUUAAAGUAACACUUUCAACAAAACAUAGGCGCUUCAACAUUUCACAAAUAAAUACUGAAGUGGUAUAAAAGAAGCUAGAGCCUUUCACUCCGGUUCCUGUUCAUCUUGAGAUAAUUGAUGGGGGAGAAAAGGUCAGUCUUCUAUCAGGAAUCGUGCCUUAUUUCAAUCAGAAGCCCUGUGGGAAGAUUGAGUAAAAAUUAUAUUUUAUUAAGAAGUGCGUACAUUUGAAACAUUCAGACAUGUCUAAAUAAAAAUACAUUCACCUUU